UGGAUCACUCUCCUUUUGCAAAAUUCUUCGUUUUGGCAAAAACCCUUCUAAACUCUCGUCUCUCAUCACACCAGCGUUCAUGCCGCCUCUUCACAUUUUCAGAGCCACCUCUAUUGCGACUACCCCUCGCCGCCGUUGCUCGCCGUCGUCUCUCGUCGUUUCUCUCUCCUUCACGGCCGUUUAGAUCUGCCCGUGAUCAUUAGUAGUCUCCCCUACCCCACGAAAGUCUUCUCCUCUCUCUCAAAAUACUCAGCGGUGCUGCGGCCUUCUCUCUUCAGCUAUCUUUGUUUCAUCAUGCUUUCCCGUUUACUUCCGAAACCCUCCCAUUUCAGAUUACUCGGCUUGAUUUCCACUAAACCACCAGCUCAAACUCCUAGUUUUCAUCUCCUUCUCCGAUUAUUCUCCACCGAUAACAAUGGAAGUAAUAACAAUAGGAAUAGUGGAAGCAGAGACCAACCGACGAGCAAUGUCUGGAAAAUUUCACAGGAAAACGACGGAAAUUUCGACCAAUUGUUCACUCAGGAAGCUGACGACCUUGACAGCAUUGCGGAGGACGACUCUGCUCCGGGAAACGACGAUUCAUGGGUGAGUUCGAAGGGCGAGGAUCAGGGUGCCGAAGGGGAUAUUUUUGCCAGCAUGGAGCAGGAAGUUCGAGGAAAUAAAGACGGCGAUGGUGAUAAUGAAUGGGUUACAGCGAAAAAAUUCGAGCCGUGGAGCCUGGUAGAGGAAGAAAAAAGUGAUGUCUUCAACAUUGAGGAGGUUGCAGUCGAAAUUGGUGAAUCCAGCGACGAGACUAAGGAAGUGGAUAGUAAGAGCAGUGAGGAUGCAAGGAAGCUGGAAAAGGAGGAGCAGGAACUCACUGCUAUUCUUAAAGGUCCUAAUCGAGCAUUCGGAGAUCUUAUUGCUGCAUCUGGAAUCACCGAUGACAUGCUAGACAGUUUGAUAGCUUUGAAAGAUUUGGAAGGGGUUGAGGGGUUGCCCCCUCUAAGUGAAAUAGAGGAUAUGCGUUAUGAGAAAAACACAAGAAAAUCCUCAAGAGCUGAAAUUGAGCGCCAGAAACAAGAAGAGAUUGCAAAAGCAAGAGUGAGACAGGUAGAUGACAAAGGAAGAGCAUAUGGCACGGGAAGAAGGAAAUGCAGCAUUGCUCGUGUAUGGAUUCAGCCAGGGGAUGGCAAGUUCAUAGUGAAUGAUAAAGAGUUUGAUGUCUAUUUCCCAAUGCUCGAUAGUCGGGCUGCUCUUCUUCGGCCUUUCUCCGAGACCAAAACAUUAGGCCUUUGGGAUGUCAAAUGUACUGUUAAAGGAGGUGGUACAACGGGUCAAGUUGGAGCUAUUCAGUUGGGUAUCAGCAGAGCCUUGCAGAAUUGGGAACCCGAUCUCCGUCCUCCAUUGCGAGCAUCUGGUUUCUUGACCCGAGAUGCACGUGUCGUAGAAAGAAAGAAGCCAGGAAAGGCAAAAGCAAGAAAGAGCUUCCAAUGGGUUAAACGUUAGGUUAUACAUGUUUAUCUGUAUGGAACUUCAACUUUAUUCUUCUGCAAUAAAUUGGUCAAAGGUUUACAAACAGGUUGGUUCCUGCAUCGUUUUUGUAACGUAGCCACAGUUUGUUUAUUCCAAAUACCCUGCUUGUUUGUAGCAAAUAACUAUUGAAAUUUAGCACUAAGCCAUUGAGUUUCACUCCUCUCUCAUGGGCAUUUCUUCUA